AGCGAGCAGCCGGAGAGCGCGGGGAAUUCAAAAUGCGCUGCGAAUUGGACGAAUCUGCAAUUCGUAGCUUCGUUUCCUAAUUAUGCUCGACUCCUAAAUUAAUCUCACGAAUUAUACGGCUCUUCAAUGAUAUAAACGUCAUUUCUGAGAAAUAUCGUAUCGUUCCAAUUGAAGGAAAACUGUUUGAAAUUAAUAGUACGAAGGUUAUGUCCGCUUUUCAACGGCAAGUGCGGUAACGCGAGAGCUAUUGGUCGAUUUGAAUGGGUCAACUGCGGCGUGCCAUUGGUUAAUUCGAACGGGACAAGUAGAUCGCUGCGACCUGGUUUAUUAACAUUUUCCCGCGCAAAGUUAUCGUGUUAUAAUUUUUGCAUCAUGUCGUAUUAAAUUAACAUGGCUGUACGUUUGCACGUUAAUAAGGAUCCAGCAGUUCGGAAGGAGUCCGAGGUGCACCUGAUGCCGUGUAAAAUCCACGGGGACGAGUCGGCAAAGGUCUCCUCCUUCUUCAAGCCUUACAUCCGUCAAGUGGAUGAUGAACAUUACGAGUGUUCCUUCCGUGGCUAUCCGCUUCAAGGGAAGAAAGUAGCUGUACCUGCUGGGUACAAGGGUGUGACAUUCAUAGAAAACAAAAAGACAGAAGCUGAAGGUAAAAGUCGGAAUUUGUACAGUACUGGAACCUUCUCACAAUUUAUAUACUGGAACUACGACAGGAUACCAUCGAAGAAUGAUGUUCUCUCAGCAGCUUUAGAUUGGAUCGACAUAGCCGAUGCUUUACAUGCACCAGAAACAUGAGUGCCACAAGAGAAAUGCAACUGCAUGAACCUGAAGAUCUAAAACAUAUAUAUUGUUUUUGAUAAUAUAUUUUUAUACUCCGCGAGUUCAGGGAAAAGGAAGAGACAAUAAAGGUAUAUUUCGUGUAACAGAUUUAUUUUUACAGCGUCAUAAUGGAUGAACACGCCACAAAUGAUGAGCAUAUAAUAUAUGCGUAAGAAUCUAUGGCUGUAAGAUGUGUAAAGAGAUAGCAGUGAUAUUAAAGAUAAUUUGAUUAA